CCCCGUUUUCGCUUAGAGCCGUCUUCACCGGAGCAAAGAGAAACUCUCCGGUCAUGCGGAAUCUGCCUCCAUCAUCGUCCUCAGCUUCAUCUUCAAUCGGCGGCGAAAGGUAUCGUCUGCUAAAACCCGGUGAGAAGUUUUGGGAGAGAGCUAUCGUUGCUGCCUUACGGGGGAGAUCCUGUCCGAUAUGCCUCGAAAAUCUCACCGGACGACGAGCCGCCGUAAUCACGACGUGCAAGCACGGAUACUGCCUUGCUUGCAUCCGGAAGUGGAGCAGCAUCAAGAGGAGUUGCCCUCUCUGCAACACUAAUUUUGAUUCCUGGUUUAUAGUCAGUGACCUGGCUUUGAGAAAAUACCGCAAGGAGCAAUUACCUAUUCUUCGAAAUCGUGAGACAUUAACUUACCAUCGUAGGAAUAAUCCUUCCGGUCACCGGAGGAUAAUUCAAAGGUCAGGUGAUGUUUUGGGAAGAUCUAGCUCGAGAUCAAGGCCAUUGCCAUGGCGGAGAUCAUUUGGACGUCUAGGUUCAGUUCCUGAUCAUAUUAUCUUUGAGCGAAAGCUUCGGUGGCGAGCUAGCAUAUACGAUAGACAAUUACGAGCUGUUGGCUGUUUACAUUCAAGGCCAAGCUUGGAACUUGUGGACGAUCAGACCAAAGCAAGGGUGAUUGAAAGAAUUGAGCCAUGGAUUAGAAGAGAGCUUCAUGCAGUCCUUGGAGAUCCUGAUCCAUCAAUCAUUGUUCAUUUUGCGUCGGCCCUUUUCAUCAAAAGGCUUGAGAGAGAGAAUAGUCGACAAUCUGGGCAGACUGGGAUGUUGGUCGAAGACGAAGACUCUUCUCUCAGAAGAUUCUUGUUUGAUAAGGAGGAUAUAUUUUGGCAUGAACUAAGAUGUUUCGCUGAGAGUAGUCUCACGAUGGAGACGUAUGAUGCAGUGGUUGAAUACAAUGAAGUGGAGUAAUGGCAGUAAAAAAAGGAUAAUCAAGCAUCAUGUUCUCGCCAUAUGAAGUGACUGUUGAUGUCCUGGAAGUUGAAUUCCUGCAAAUAGUGGAAAGAGUGGACCAGUUAAGACAAAACAUAAGAGUCUUCAAGAGUUAUAGAGUAGGUAGGAGAAAGAUGUAAGAGAUGACGAAACUUAUAAAUUGUUGCGUCUUCUUAGCUAGGUGGAUUCUCAAAUAGUUGACACUUGGUUUCUCUACUUCUUUUAGCCGAAAGAAAAGUUUAAUGUAUGUCUCUACUAUGCCAAGUUCUCACACUCGAAGUUUCUUAAAGCCCAACGCUU